UUAUCAAAAUCCUCAAAAGAUUUUUUAUUACCAAAAAACCGUGAUCUUUUUACCUCCAAAUUCCUUGCCCUAACCUCGUCUCAGAAUGUCUAAAACCAUUAAAAAACACAAGUCAAAAAGUUGCUUACUAACAGUUUCCCCACAUCAAAUUCAACAUAAAAUUAUAAUUAUAUCCAAAAAAAACAAUAAACCCAGAUCCAAAAACACACACUUAAGAUCUGGGUUUAUCUAGAAUCAUUGAAUCAACACUACCUUCAAUCAGUAUUUUGUUCCUUUCCAAUGGCAAAUCCCCACAAAUCCAGGUUCUUUCUUUUCUUCUUCUUCAUUUGUCAUUUCAUUUUCAUUUCUACACCUUUUCCCACUGUUUUAGCAAACUCUAAGCACGAAUUUAGUGAUCCCCAUGAAGUUUUAUUGCACAAACUUGAAGAAUUAGUGAAGAAUCUUAGUGAAGUAGUUUCUAGAUUAGAAACGAAGGUUUUAAAGGAAUCUUCAAAAAUUGAUGAUGGGGUUGGAAGUAAAGAUGAAACUAGUUUAAUAAAAUAUGAUGGUAGGAUGAAAUAUCAAGGAGAUGAGGAAAAAAAGAAGGGUGUUUCGGUUACGAAAUACAGUCCGUUUUGGUCUGAGAGGUUUCGGUUUAUGUCAGCUUUGAAAUUAGGGUCCGCCGCGACGUGUAUUAACAUCUUGCCGUUUCGUGAUUAUGAGGGAUUUAGUAAGUAUGUUGGUGUUGGAGAUGAAAGAGGAAGGGUUUAUGUGUUUUUAAGGAAUGGGGAUGUUGUUGUCGAGUUUUAUACCGAAUGUGAAUCGCCGGUUGUAGCGAUGGUUUCAUAUAUGUCUGUCUAUAAGAAUGAGAGUUUUGUUGUUACGGGGCAUCAAAAUGGUGCGAUUUUGAUGCAUAGGGUUUAUGAGAGAUUGAAUGGAGAAGAUUUGAGUUCACUUGUCAUGGAAACGGUUGGUAAAUUUGUGGAAGGAAACGGGUUACCGAUAACUACAUUGGAAGUUCAUCAUGUUGGGAGAAUGAGGUAUAUUUUGUGUACCGAUCAUAGUGGGAAAAUCCGAGUUUUUAGAGAAGAAGGAACGCUUUACGGUUCCGCCAUGCCAAGAAGUAGGCCACUUGUGUUCUUAAAGCAAAGGCUUUUGUUUUUAACAGAGACGGGUGCUGGGUCAUUGGAUUUACGGAAUAUGAGAAUUAAGGAAUCGGAAUGCGAAGGGUUGAAUCAUUCUCUUGCUCGGAAUUAUGUUUUUGAUGCAACGGAACGGUCCAAAGCUUACGGCUUUACAUCCGAUGGUGAUUUGAUUCAUGUUCUGUUGUUGGGUGAUAUUAUGAACUUUAAGUGCCGGGUUAGGUCCAAGAAAAAUUUGGAAAUGAACGAGCCUCUUGCGUUUCAAGCUAUUAAGGGAUACUUGAUUAUUGUCAAUACUGAAAAGGUUUUUGUGUUUAACGUUUCUACACCGCAUUACGUUCGAGCCGGUGUGCCACGGCUUCUUUUUUCUGCCUCUUUGGAUGAGAUCAAGUCAUCGUUUUUAACUUACCAAGUGAUGGAUACAAAUAAAGAGAGAGUACAAGUGAUGCCUGUAAUAGCCAGUGAUCGUGAAACACUAAUUGUUCUUGGACUUGGACGCGAGUAUGUAGGGAUGUAUCGGUCUAACCUUCCGGUUCUUAAAGGGGAAUCUAAUACAAUGCUAUGGACCAGCCCGGUGUUGUUUUUCAUACUUUUCUUAUUCGGGGCAUGGCAAUUCUUUGCAAAGAAGAAAGAGGCAUUUACUUCAUGGGGAACCGAUGAUCCUUUUAGCUCCUCAUCAGCUACAAAGAGUGCCCCAUUAGGAUCUAACACUGGUGAGAGGCCGUUUAUAGAUUCUUCUUCACGAAGUUCCGAUAUGGUUGACUUAAGAAGCAGCGGUCUUCGAGGUCGACGCUAUGCAUCUCCUUCUCGGUAUCCAAGUGGAGCUACUACCACUUCUUUCAGGCCGAAUUCUGCUGAUCCAAUCUCUAGACCUGCUCCCAUUGAUCCAAAUUAUCGAGCUGCUCCGGAACUAAAUUAUAGGAGUUCAACCCUUGAACCAACCGGCUUUUCUAAACGAAGAGAGAGUUUAUUCGUGAACACCCAGGCCACGGAUGACAAAAGUUAAAACUCUUACAAAAGGAAGGGUUCUUUAGAUUCUUUUGGCUGUUCAUAACGAUAUUAUGAAGCCUUUUGAACCUGCCAUGUUGUAAUUUUAGUUUUUCUAUAACUUAAAACAAGAAAAAAUGAAAGAAUUUUAAGCUCGAUCCUUUUUGAAGGAGACUUUCGAGAAUCAUUUUGUCCUUGAUGAUUCUUUGAUUUCGUUUUAGUAGGUUUUUAUAAUUCUUUUAAUUUGAUUUUUGGAAGCUCGGAUCAGUUCAUGCAGCUAUUCAUAAGUGUUUAACAGGCUUCUUAUACAUGACCCUGAUCAGCCGAGGAAAUGGAUCAAAUGAGGUUGUACUUCACUAUUGAAACUCAAAAGGGCAUUCGUGUUACUAUAAUUUGAGCAGCUGUUUUCGUAAAGCAGAACAUUCUUAUGGACCACUCCGUUCGCUUUUUGAGAGAGACAUGGGAGAAUGGCUGGAACCAUCCAUUCUACGUUUUAACUGCUUGUAGGCUACCUUGAUAUCGACACUCGUUUAAUCAACUUUCCAGUGUAGUCUGUGAUGAGAAUAUGAUUGUAGUUGUACUGGUACCGACACUCGUGACUUGGACUCAAAUACCGGAAUCAAGAGUUUGUUGACAUGCUUUUACAAUCCGAGAAGGAUCCGACCAAGUGCACUGUAUAGGUUUACAGCCAUUAAUUCGAAUCCAUUGUCGAUUCAGUGCCAAAGGUAAUCUUUCCAUGAACCCGUGUUCUUGUCGAUUUUCCUUUUUCAUCGAAAAAUUAUCAAAUGAAAAGAAAGAAAUAACAGGGUUAUAAAACCGUUCGUAACAAGGACUUCCAUUGUUACAUCUUUUACUCGAUUUUGUCUUCUGAGUGUCGGAUGUGUCCGACAUGUAUCCGAACAUGCAUAUGGUUAAUUUCGUAGUUGUAGCCAAUAGGGCUAAGCAAAAAAAUCGAGUAACUAAAAAUUGACUCGAAUCGUGGUGAUUGGACAGUUUGGGAAUAUAAAAUUAGUCACUCAA